CCCGCGUGAGGGGUAUGUCUGCCUCGCAUCACCUUCCUGGAACCUCUAUCCGGCUCCCAGCGCAUCCGAACUCGCACCAGACAUAUGCGCCGCUAUAUAAUCUCCUGCCCAAUGUUUCUCACCUCUCGGACUUCGAUCCUUCUCCACUUCUGAUACUUCCCUUCCCGGGGGUUGAUCAAGCCAGGUCGCUUUCAAGAUGGCGCCAGUACCGUUGAAAGCCGUGCCUACCAACCGCAAUGCCAUCGUGCUGGCGGUUUUCGUCGCCUUCGGCGGAUUCCUGUUUGGCUAUGAUAUCGGUGUGAUAUCCGGAUGUUUGAUUAUGCCAGAUUUCAUCGACCGCUUUGGCACUCUGGACCAUGCUACCGGCAAAAUGGUGCUGGACAGUUCUCGGCAGUCGAUCAUAACAUCCCUGUUGUCCGCUGGCACCUUUGUUGGUGCCCUUGCACAGGCAUUCACUUCUGAUCGCUUCGGACGGCGCGGUUCGAUUCUCUUCUGGUCCGCUAUCUUCACAGUCGGCACCGCGAUCCAGACGGGGACGGCCCGUUCCAUCGUUCAGAUCACCAUUGGCCGGUUCAUCGCCGGCUUAGGUGUCGGUGCCAUGUCCGCUAUUGUGCCCCUCUACAACGGAGAGACCGCGCCGAAAGCCAUUCGUGGCUUCCUGCUGGUCAUGUACCAGUUGCAAAUCAUCAUCGGCAUCUUCAUCUCCUACAUCAUAGACCUCGGCACCCAUACGAUCAACGGUAGCGCGUCCUGGCGCAUUCCCGUCGGCCUGCAGAUGCUUUGGGGUCUAAUACUCCUCUCCGGUAUCUUCUUCCUCCCGGAGUCGCCCCGUCACCUGCUCGGGAACGGGCGCGAGGCGGAAGCGCGGCGCGUCGUGGCCGCGCUGAACGGUGUCCCGGAGGACGACCCUCUCGUUGCUGAAGUCGUCGACGAACUCGAGUACGGUAUUCGGGCCGAGAACGAAGGAGGAAAGGCCACAUGGAUGGAAUGCUUCAGCACACGUAACGUGUUGUGGAAGCGUACGAUGAACGGCAUGAUGCUCCAGUUCAUUCAGCAGCUCAACGGACAGAACUUUUAUUACUACUACGGCGACACUUUCUUCAAGAGCGCCGGUACGACACUGUCACCCUACGUCAUUCAGACUAUCCUUGGUGCCGUCUCCGUUGUCGGUACCGUUCCUGCUCUGUACCUCAUCGACACAUGGGGACGUCGCAAGUCACUACUCACCGGCUCCAUAUUGGAAGCGAUCUGCUCUCUCAUUGCGGGCCUCGUCGGACACUUCACCUUGGCUGCGCCGGAUACACCCCAAUCUCAACUGACCUCCAGGAACAAGAAGGGAGGAGACACGAUCAUCGCGUUCGCAGUGUUGCACGUAUUUUCGUUCAGCAUGUUUUGGGGCCCGACACCUUGGGUAUACCUCGGCGAGAGCUUCCCGCUCCGUGUGCGACCCAAAGCCAUUGCGCUCGGUAGCGCGACGAACUGGAUCUGGAACUUCCUCUUGUCGUUCUUCGCUCCGCGAAUCGCCAACGACAUCGGCCCGCUCAUCCUCCUCAUCUUCUUCGGCAUGCUUGUCGUCGGCUUCGUCUAUGUCUACUUCUUCAUCCCGGAGACCAAGGGUCUUACUUUGGAGGAAGUCGACGAGAUGUACCGGGCCGGUGUCAAGCCAUGGAAGAGCGAAGGGUGGCGUCCGCACCUGAUGGAGGGUCACCACCACGUUUCGGAAAAGCCUGAGAGGGAUGGAAGUGAAAAGCAGGCGACGGAGAUGGCGGAGAACGCCAGCGCGGACAGGGUAGUAUGACUGCGAUGCCCCCCAUGAAUGACGAAGUGUGCGGAAUUCCCGCAGCGAAUGCAUGUACUAUAGAUGAGGCUCCUUCACGCGUAGCCUCGGCUUCAGGUGCUCACUGUUUUCUCGCAAUCCAUCGGUGCACUUGACUACAUCGACCGUCCUAACCAACGCGUGCGCCUCUAUGAUGCAUGACGUCAUGGGACGGCGAGCAAGCCAGUGCCGCGGACCACCACCUCCGGGCUGGAGCAGCACGUCAGCGCUUGAUCGCUCCGGUCCCUUGGACUCGCCCAUCACCAUGGCCUCUCCAAGCACGCAUGUCCC